AUGCAUGUUUAUGCGGAUAUUGUAAUAGGAACCUUAACUCUUAUGGUUGCUGUGAUGGGAACCAUAAAUAUUGCAAGAGUAUUCUAUUUACGAUCCGAGAGUCUUCAGUUAAUUAUAUCUGGUGUUGUUCUGUGGUUAAUCAGAAAUCUGUUUAUGUGGUGUGUUUUAAGGCUGAUUCUAACAGAUGGAGCACUGCAUGAAGUAGUUAAAAGACGUGCAUUUAGUGGGAUAAUAUACUUUGGGUACGUGUUCAUACGUGAAUUACUGAAUGAGCUUAGAAGUCCCCAGAAAUUUUGUAUUCUGGAUACUUUCCGUGUAGUUGGUAAAUGCAUAUAUCCAUGUCUUAUAGGUAUAUCUGGCUACUCUGUGAUAAACCUACUUGAUCGAGAGAAUAUCAUUAAUAGCUCUAAGAAUCAUGUUUUUGCUAUAUUUGUUCUAUGCAUUGCCUGUGGCUUUGUUUCUAGGGUGCUGGAAGGAAGUGAUUUUGAUGGAGAAAUAAAAGCAGUCCUGCCAGAAGGAGAAGUUAAAAAAACACUUAUUGAUGUACUUGACAAGACAGUUCCCUUCUCAUACGAAAUAGUCACUGUAAAUAACGAAAAGAUGGACUCUCAACUGGUUUACGUAGAAACAACAGGAUUAAUCACUCUUCUUAUACUAAGCCCCGCAGUUAUAAAUAUGUACUCUUUGCUAGAACUGCAAAUACUCACCACACACCACGUACUAGAACACACCUUUAAAUAUAAGUCACUUUUUAGAAGUAUUGUGAGAAUAUUCGGGUGGUCUCUUGCGCUUAUUAAAUUUAUUCUGGUGUUUGGCCAUCUCUCUAAGAAAUCUCCCCUUCUCAGAAUUAUUAUGUGUUUUGAGCUGUCUGAGAUAAACACCCAAAUCAAAGUAAUUCUUUUUUCUGUUCCAUCGUAUAGAAUAGAAAGAUCAAUUGUUAAGCAGAUCAAAGACUACGUAAACCUUCCAAAAAAACUGCCAUCUGAAAAGAUUGAAAAACUUAUAAAAAGAGUAAAACGGCUUUCCUUUAGCAGGCACUUUUCCACCAAAAGAUAUGACUAUAUCCUGUACCAAUACACAGAUGUGGAGUGGGUUCAAGAUAUAGGAAUAAAAACAGAACCUUCUUCUAGCUAGAAGCAUAUAAGCUCUGUGCAUAGAUUUCAGUAAAUAUUCGCU